AUGUCUCGUGGUAAAGGAGGAAAAACCAAAGAAAAGUCCAAAACUAGAUCCUCAAGAGCUGGUCUUCAGUUCCCUGUUGGACGUAUUCACCGAUUUUUGCGCAAAGGACAUUAUGCUAACCGCAUAGGGUCAGGUGCACCCGUUUAUUUGGCUGCUGUUAUGGAAUAUCUUUCUGCUGAAAUCUUAGAAUUGGCUGGUAACGCUGCCCGCGACAACAAAAAAUCAAGAAUCAACCCGCGUCAUUUGCAAUUGGCUGUUCGAAACGACGAAGAGUUAAAUAAGCUAUUAGCAGGUGUCACUAUUGCAAAUGGUGGUGUGUUGCCAAAUAUACAAGCCGCUUUGCUUCCCAAACAUAACGAGAAAGUCCAUAAGUCACCGCACAAACACUAA